UCUCCCACAAUGCACCGCCCACACCAGAUGAGCAGCCUGAGAGGAGACCAGCUCUGUGGGGGUUUGAACCCUUUUCAUCUACAGUCUAUAGUUGAACCCAAACAAAGCGAUCGGAAGCUUUUUCGUUUUAACUUCAAAUUAAAAGCGAUUUAGUCCAUGUGCUUCCUUUCUUUCCGAGUGGAGGACGGUGUCUUUAUGCUGCUGGCUGACAUCUGCUCCUAGCGGCAGCUGGUGGCGGUGCUGUUAGCAUCACCUAGCUGGUUAGCUGAGGCUGACUGACGGGGGUGAAGCUGUGUGUGUAACGCCGCUGGUAGCAUCGGGCAGCUGGACCCAACUGCAGCAGACAAAAGGAAAGAAAUUCUAUCCGUUCAAAACAAAUACUUCAAAGUGAAAAUAUAUCACCGAGAGCACGUGUCGCUUUGUUUUUAGCGAGUUAGCAGUUAGUUUGAGGCUAGCUAACUUCACUUAGCCAUUGUUAGCUGACAUCUGUAAACACUGGCUGUGGGUGUAGCUUUAGCCAAACAAGCACAAUGAGCUCCGAAGAGGCUGCAGCGGCCACGAAAGCCUCCCCGGAGGAUGACGGCAUGACGUGGUGGUACCGAUGGCUCUGUAAAAUAGCUGGGGUUCUGGGAGGAAUCUCUUGUGCCAUCUCAGGAGUGUGGAACUGCGUCACCGUGAACCCUUUAAACAUUGCUGCUGGAGUGUGGAUGGUGUUGAACGCCUUUGUGCUGUUCCUGUGUGAAGUGCCAUUCUGUUGCCAGUUCAUAGAGUUCGCUAAUGCGAUAGCAGCUCGUGCAGACAAACUCAAACCAUGGCAGAAAGCCCUCUUCUACUGUGGGAUGGCUCUGUUCCCCGUAGUGUUGAAAUUCUCCAUGACAACCUUGUUUGGGAACGCCAUCGCCUUUGCUACAGGAGUUCUGUACGGCCUUGCAUCUUUAGGCAAAAAGGGAGACGCAGUGACUUAUGCCAGACUGCAGCAUCAGAAACAGGGCGAUGAAGAGAGGAUGGCAGGGACGGAAAACGGCGGUCCAGAGUGAGGCAUCUCCCAACCUCCCCCUCUUCUUUUCUUCAGUUCUUUCUUCAGCUCCUGCCCUCCAUCCAUCCUCCCUCCCUCACUAUCAUUUCUGUCACUACAUAACAAAGGUAUUAAGUUUAUAUAUUCCCUUUUAAUUGCUGCAUUCUUGUUAUCUGGACCUAAUAAGAUCCCAACAGAUGAUGUUGGAUUCAGUCUAUUUUUUGGUACCUGGUGUGUAAACCUCUUAAAUUUUAAGUUUUGUCUUCAUGUUUUUAUUUCCUCAUAUGGUUUGUAUUUAUUUAUCACUUAUUCCCUUUGUGGUUUGUUGCUGCUGUUGGUUGUGAACCCUCUUUUCAGGAAAAAUGUGAGUAACUUCUUUGUAGCCCGAGAGCCUUUUAGGAAAUCUGAAUAGUAAUUCAUGUGAUUGUAAAAUGUACAUAUUUGACUUCAGGUUGUUCACUAUGACUGAAGCUGUGAUUCAGAGUUGUCUGAGAUGUAAAGUGGGGAAAGAUAAGUCAAAAAUCUGAUGUGUUCAGAUUUGAGAUCUGAGUUUUGUCCUGCUUUUGGCAGCACAACCAAAAUGUUGACACCAGCUUGUCUCACAUCGUUAUCAUAGCAAAGAUAUGGAGGCCGGGGGGGGUUCCAGCAAACUGGGCCAUCUGGUUUAAUGAAUGUCAAAUCAUCAGCGUGUUUUUCUGCCUGGUACUAGUACUAUUGUACAGCAACUACUUUUAGGGCAUUGUAAACCUGAAAGACAAAACCAAGGUUAAUGUAUUUGUUACAUUGUUAACAUUUGAUCCAGUUAGUUCUGAUUAUGCAUUUGCAAUUUAGGGAGCGGACUAAAGACUUUUGUAUGACAUAUUACAUACUUUCUGUCAUCAUCUAUGAGGGCAGCGUCUACCUUCACUUCACGAUGAUUUGUUUGUAAAUGGGCGUGCGCCUGACGUCAGGGUAUUUGAAUUCCAAGAAUGAAUGAACUGGUCCACUUGGUUGAUUUCAUUGCGACUGUAGUAUCAUAUUGAUUUCACUACCAGCAUCAACAAGUUGAGGCGAAAAAUUCAAGCAAACCUGUGUCUCAACUUGGUGUCUCAACUUCCUGCAAUUAGUCUGAAAGAACCAGGACCACUUCUAUUUGUCUGACUAAAUCAUGGUCUGUUGGUGCAGAUCCAUGGUCCAAGGUACGUCUCACACUGGAGCAAACAAGGUGGGUGUGAAAGCGCCCUUAGUCCCCAAUUCUUGUGGUUGAAACGCAGAGUUAGACCCUGAGUUCCUCAAAAGGUUCAUGGUCCCCUGGGAAUGUUCCUUUGGUGGAUAUGGCCUGAUAGAAGAGAAACUCUUUUUGCAUUAAAAGUCAAUUGAGGUCACGAUAAAGGCAACUAUUAGAAAUGAUGUGUCUCCAUUUUGGAUUGUUGCAUUUUUAAACCUUAACACAGAUUAUGCAGCAAGUAGAAAUAGCAUUCAAGUGUAUGUUUCAUGUUUCUCUUAACAAUGUGAAAAAUACUUAAUUACCAGUUUGGUUGAAAUCAAUGUUUUGUUUUUGAUUUUGCAGAUUGACAGGUGACUUUUAAUCACAAAAUCAUAGCAGGAAAUAACUGAUUUAAGAAUAUCCUCAGAGCUGCAUAUAGACUAGUAACAGUUGUAGAGUAGAAUUGACUUUCCUAUGUGCCUGAGAGGUGCAUCUUAGAAAUGACAAGUCUGGAGUUUUGUUUCAAACCGAGUGAUUUUGGUGAUGGAGUGUUACACUCACUGCACACAUACAACUCUGAACUGCAGCUUGAAAUUAUUUAUGAACAUGUACGGGCAUUAGGGAUGUUUUGAACGUCAGGGAAUGUAUCUGGUAAACCCAAAGACACAGAUAGAUGAUUCUCAGUUUUAUUUUGUGCUUUCAUAUGUUUAGUUUUCCCCUUUGGUCUAAGCUGAGUUACAGCACCGCUGCACUAAACUUUGGUAGCAUUGGAAAAAGAGGGAAUUUCAUUAAGAGCUUUCGGUGCAUGGGUCCUUGUUUACGAACGGUUGCCCGUGUUGGAGCAGCCGGUAGCCAGGAUGUGGCUGCAGAGUUUGUGGCACAUUAUGUACUGGAAAACUGGAAAGUGCGCUUAUUUCAUUGGCUUUUUUGAAAUGUGUCGUACUUUUUUUUUUCCUUUUAAAUUCAGAUCCUGAAUAUUUUUUUGUGUUAUGAGUCUUAAUUAUUACAUUAACCGACUAUUUUAUUUUAAUGAGGGGCAGUGAGUUGAUUCAGGGACUAAUUGGUGUGUAUCCCACACACUCAUCACAGCAACAGCUUGUCUUUGUCAUUCAAAUGAGUUACGGAGUGGCCGACAAAUAUACAGGUUGUGUUAGUGUUGUUUUGUUGCCUUGCCUCUGUUGUAUCGCCGGUAAUAAGGAAUAAGUGUUGACACGGACCUCUUACAGCUGUCUCCUGCUCAUGUCUUGUUACUGGCCGGUCAGUGACUCAGUGGAUCGCUCACAUCACCACCAGCUCUCAGGUGACAUACUUUGACAAUGCACAGCGUAAAGAUACAGUUAAUAAAGUGGUGUAUGAUCAUAGAUAUAUGAUAACUAGUAUGACUCUGUCACUCCACUAGAGCUAAUGGAAAAACAUUUGCGAAGCAUUUCAAAUGUUCAUGCUCACAAGAGGUUCAACACCAAGUACACACCAGCGAUAUGCUACAGUCUGACACUACACACAUGUUCGCUCUUAUACACAGUUUUAAUAAGACGUAAAAACACUGCUCUCUUUGUCCAAAGCUGUCCACCCACCUGUCCAUUUUGAAUUGUAUCGUGUGUCCUCUGCUGUAAGGGUUAUGUGUAUAAUGUGUGUUCUGAUGUGAAUCCUCAUCCUGUAAUGAAUUAGUGAAUUAAAACAAACUUGCUACUA